AUGCCCGGAAUGAGCCACUUGCAGAGGAACAGCCCGCACCCGGGGGUCCCCCAAAUGAUAUCUCUUCCUCCACUGCGCCAGAUGUCUGGCACACCACCAACACCGUCAUCGGAGCGACGACCAGGAAAUCCGCUUGGUGUUCGAUCCAUUCUCAAUCCCGAGGCCGAGAUGUUGGAGCAUAGGAAAAGGGCUUCCUCUCAGAUGGGGUCUCCCUCACCAAUCGAGACGCAACCCUCGACGAGUCUUCCGUCCAUCAGCCGGCCGACAAGUGUGGAUUCGAUACAGGAAGACAUGCCAUCCUCCAGGGCAUUCCCACCACCACCACCAAAGCUGCCACACAGACACAUGUUAAGCCCACGAUCACCAACACUUCAUAGGACGCAGAGUCUGGGCACGUUGAAGCCGCCAACCGGAACAAUUGACGCUCACCAAUCGCCUUUCCUAGGCGGAGCACCAUUGUCCUCCCAUCCGGCUCUUCCCACCCCGCCGGUUGGGGCGAGGGCGACCUAUUUCCCCACGGUGCCAGCGGCUCCUACGCCACCUCCUGGUGGCAUGCGCAAUGGCAACGAGCCACGCCGACCGAGCCUAAGCUUUCCGCAGUCUGGUAGUGCGAGUCCCAUUGCCAACUAUUCGCCCUAUAGCCAACCUGCAUCGGUAGCAUCCAGCCAGCACGAAGGUCCUAGUCCUCAUCAUUCGUACCAUGGUGGUGGAGGACUAGGGUCUGCUAGCAAUGGGCAAUCGUACGAAUACAGUCCCUCCAUCGCCAUGGAGACGGAGCGGAGCCUCAUCCCCAUGGCACCGUCCGGACAAAGCACCAUUCAGAUGAUGACGAUCAAGAGCCAGCAGGGCCACCACGUACAGAUCCCUGUCGACGUCCAGGCUGCUUCCAAAGUGGCUGAUGAGAAGAGGAAGCGCAAUGCAGGCGCGUCGGCACGAUUCCGGGCCCGCAGAAAGGAGAAGGAACGUGAGGCCUCCCAGAGCAUUCAUCGUCUCGAACAUCAACUCCGCGAAGCCGCCGAAGAUGUCGACUUCUACCGUACCGAGCGCGACUAUUUCAAGUCUAUCGUCUUGCAGCAACCCGGUGCUGAGCGACACUACGCUCGUCAACCCUCCCCGCGACUCAGGCGUCUCUCCGUGGCUCCGUCUAACACUCCUUCAUCCACCCGCGGCGGCUCUGUGGAUUCAUUCUCGGGCCCUGAGGAGUAUGAUGAUCCUCGAGAGUCAGAACGCAAUGUCAGACGCAGGACAAGCAGCUACCAUCCUAUUCCAGGGCCACACCACUCUCAGGGUCUCCAGGGUCUUUCAGGUCCGCCUGCCCCUCCGCCUCCUCCUCAACACAUGGCACCUCAUGCUCCUCCUCACGCGCCUUCACAAUCUCACUUGAAUGGCUCUCUCUCCAUGCAAGGUCCCUCAAGCCAGUCGUACUCGGUGACCGCCGCUUCCUUUCCUCCGAUCAACCACCAAUCCCAUGGCCAACAGAGUGCUCGACCGCCAUCUGGGUCUCCAUACGAUCCUAGAGAUCAUCCAACAUCUGGGACCCCGCGACCUGGUUUCCGCGAUCCCUUUGCAUCCGAUGCCUCCAGGCACGGCAUGUCCCCUUCGAAUUGGGCAUCGGGACCGGCACACCACGACAGGUCUUGA